UACCUUCGUGCCAUCGUUUGAUCGUUUGCUGUCUUCUUGCGUGUCGCCGGCUACCAAGUGUGUUGACCAAUGACGAAAAGAAAAGCGGCCGCCAUGUUACACAACAACAAUAAUAAUAAGGAUUCUAUAUCCAUGCCGUUCAACAGUGAGACAACAGAAAACAACGGCACCACAACGAAUACACCCGGAGAAGAUGCUUAUGCUGGACUUAUUAAAGAUGCGGACAAAUUCAAGCUGAUGCUACUGGCCUGGAACUACCAGAACUCGGCGGCAGGUAAAUCCCAAAAUGGAGCGGAAGGACCGGACCUGGCGACGAUGACCAACCUGUGGCAGCAGUACCAGAACGCGCUGGCGAUGACCGGCAAGGGGGCAAACUUCUCCGGCCAGCUGCAGCCCGUCGCCGAGCGGCAAUCGUCCCCGAUCGAGCAGCAGCAGGACGAAACGAACUCGUCCGAGCAGAAGGACGAGGACGACCUGUCCGAGGACGAUUCGGAGGACCGGCUGGAAGCGUCGGUGAACGAUCCGGAGCGGCUGAAGGCGUUCAACAUGUUCGUGCGCCUGUUCGUGGACGAGAACCUGGACCGCAUCGUGCCGAUCUCGAAGCAACCGAAGGAGAAGAUACAGGCCAUCAUCGACUCGUGUACGCGCCAGUUCCCGGAGUUCGCCGAGCGCGCCCGGAAGCGCAUCCGGACGUACCUCAAGUCCUGCCGGCGGAACAAGAAGACGCGCGAGGGCUGGGAGAACACGUCCCGCCCAACGCCGGCGCACCUGACGUCGGUGCAGGCGGAACAGAUACUGGCCGUGGCAUGCGAGAACGAGAGCCUCAACGCAAAGCGCAUGCGGAUAGGGCUGGAGCCGAUCAGCCAGACGGUCAGUCAGCCGGCGGCGGUAAGUUUUAUGACGUCAGCAGAAUCGCCCAGCACGGUACCGACCAUGUACCAGAGUCUGGCGAACCGCGAACAGGAGUCGACUUCGGUUUCGACGAUCAAAAGCGAACCGAUGACAAGCGUACCGAAGAUCUCCCCCGUGCCGAGCACGCCGACGCCGGACAUGAACCAGAUGAAGCUAAACAUACCCAGCGCUAGCGCCAGCUCCACGCCUACCAUCCCGACGACCGUGCCGACCAUUUCCAACUUCCACGACUACAACACCGGGUUCUCGAACCGGUCGCAGCACUACCAGAACUUCAUGAACUCGGUCAACAGCAGCAGCACGAGCAGCGGCGGUGCCACCACCAACACGACGAUGUCCGCCGCCGGCACUGGUGAGUUGUGGAGUCAGCUGAGCGACUCGGCCCCAACCGAUCUCUCGAUGAAACGGCCGAUCCUGGCGCACAAGCUGAACAGCGCGGAAAUCACCGCCGUCAAGCAGCUCGUCACCGGCUACCGGGAGUCGGCCGCUUUCCUGAUGCGUAGCGCCGACGAGCUGGAGAAUCUACUGCUUCAGCAGCAGUAA